AUGGCGCCGGAGCAUGUACGGAAGGAAUUCUGGCCCGAUUUCGCGCAGGCGUCAGGUGUCUUCUCUCUAGGAGAGGUUCUCGAUGGAGAUAUCCAGUAUGUGAGCCAAUAUACCCAAGUCCUCGACAGCAUCUUGGACUGCCCAGCAUUCUACCUUCUCAUGUGGGCAUUCACAAACGCUAGCGGCGACUUGUCACAGCUUGCAAACAUAGUGCAAGCUGAACAGAGCGCCUACAAACACGGUGUCUUCAUAACUGGCGCACUCCUAGAGAAUGCAGACAAUCCACGGUUCCAGACUUUUCAGACAGAUCAAGCGCUUGUUAUGAAUGAUGCUAUGACUUGGCCGUUCUUUGGCUGCGUUCGCCCCACUUUCCUACCUUCCAUGUUUCGUUAUGCCGAUAACGCUUCAAUACCAGGAAAGCUGCAUUAA